UAUGUCAGUGUGUGGGUGUGUUUGUGUUUGGAGGCUGGGAUGCGGGGGUUUUGCAUCAGUGGCUAUUUAACAGACGCUGACUCUGAGGAUCAUCUCAGUCAAUCAUGGGUCGUCCUGGGGUUCAGGUGUGGACAUGGACACUGUGUGUCCUCUUCAGCAGCAUGUGUGUCGCUCACGGACCGCAUUACAUGGUAGUCAUCCCUGCAGUUCUUGAGGCCGGAGCUGAAACCAAAUUUUGUAUGAGUCUCCUGAAGCCUAACGAGACUCUGGAAAUGACCAUCACUCUGAUUUCUAUUGAGAAGAACACAACCCUUCUGAAGAGAUCAUCCAGUGAAGAGUUUCACGACUGCAUAGAUUUUAAGGUUCCUCUGGUGCGGAAUGAGGAGGUGUACAAGUUUGAGGUGGAGGUGAAAGGCGACACGUUCCGCUCAAAAGAACUCAGGAGAGUCAUGGUUAAAUUAUACCAACCAGUGACGUUCAUCCAAACAGAUAAACCCAUCUACCUCCCUGGACAAACAGUGCAUUUCAGAGUGGUCACAAUGGACUCCAUGAUGAGGCCCGUCGCUCAGCUGUAUAAUUUGAUUGAAGUCGAGGAUGCUUAUGAUAACCGAGUCGCACAGUGGCUGAAUGAAACAGCCGACAGCAGCAUACUGCAGCUUUCUUACUCCUUGAACUCAGAGGCCCGGGAAGGAAUCUACCAGGUUAUUGUGACUGUUGGCGACUAUAGAACAUAUCACAGUUUCUCGGUGGAGAAAUAUGUUUUGCCUAAAUUUGAUACGACUGUAACUGUAGCUGACACCGUCAGUAUUUCGCAGGAGGAAAUGAAAGCUGAAAUAUGUGCAAAGUAUUCAUAUGGACAACCUGUGCCAGGGAGUGCCAAAGUUAAGGUUUGCCGACCUUAUGAUACAUAUUAUAUUCCUGUAAUCUCUCAAGAUCCUGUCCCAUGCCACGAGCAGACAGAGAAGAUGGACAAGAAAGGAUGUGCCACUUUUACCUUCAAGAUGUCAAGCUUUAGAACAACCCAAAAGGUGGCUCAAGAUCGUUUGGAUAUAGUCACUGCCGUCGAAGAGGAAGGGACAGGUAUUUCAAGACAACAGAACAAGAGAGUGCAGAUUUCAUAUGUUAUUGGAAAGCUGACGUUCGUCAACAUGGCCAAGAUUUAUGACAAAGGAUCAGAUUUGGAAGUCCAAGUUAAAGCAGUUCACUUCAAUGACACACCCAUAGCUAACAUGGAGGUCUACGUAUUUGAAGGAGUGAGGUGGUCCGCACAUCGGCUGCAGAAUCUCACCACUGACAGCGAUGGUUUGGCCACUUUCUCGCUCUCCACAGCUGAAUUCGAUGGUGACAUCAUGCUGCACGUUAGUGAUUCACCAACAAUGAGCUACUCUAGUUAUAGAACUCCAUUCUACGAGUCCGGCCAUUACAUAGUGUCUAUGACCCAACCUGCCUCUACUGACACCAAAUCAGUCAGCUCCCUGGAGGUGGUGGGGAAGGAUAACCCACUGUCUUGUGACACACAAGCACAGAUCUCCAUCAAAUACACUGUCGUUGGAGAGAAUCAGGGCUCCAUGAUGCUGAUGUACCUGGCCUUAUCCAGAGGAGCCAUUAUCAAGCAAGAAUUCAAAAAGAUUGAAGUUCAAGACCUUCCAGUGACUGAGGGUGGAAUAUUCUUUGAGCUGAAUGUGUGUCCAGAAAUGGCGCCACACGUCCAGGUCUUGGCUUACGCCAUUCUCCCCAGUGAGACUGUGAUCGCUCACAGUGCUGACUUCUCCGUAGAGAAGUGCUUCAGUCACAAGGUGUCGCUGGAGUUUCGUCCAUCCUCAGCAGUCCCAGGAGAGGAGACCACCAUGCAGGUAAACGCCCAACCAGACUCCCUGUGUGGAGUGAGCGCUGUCGACCAGAGCGUCCUCAUCAAGAGUCCAGGGAAGACGCUGACUGCAGACAAGAUUUUCGACUUGUUGCCUGUCACCAAAGGGUCUUAUAUUCCGUAUGAGGUAAACGAUCCAGUAGAAUGCUUGCGGGUGAGACCAAGAAGAUACAGUAUGCCAUAUCCGACUGAGAGUAAUGAUGCUUAUACAGUUUUCCAGAGCAUUGGACUAAAGAUGGCUACAAACUUGUUUAUCCGAAUGCCGCCAUGUCUCAGCUUCAGAGGAAGACAAUAUCACCAAGGCCACGUCGGUAAAUAUGGUAUUGCAUAUGACGUGGGUCCUGCAGGUUCCCGAAUGGAAACACGACUGUUGUCUGCACCUGUGGCAGUUGGAGCUCUCUCACCAAAUGCUGAACCUCCGAUAAUAGAGACAGUCCGUACUUUCUUCCCAGAGACUUGGAUAUGGGACCUGGUGGAAGUAGGAGCAUCUGGAAUGACGGAUGUGCCCCUCACUGUCCCUGAUACCAUCACCACCUGGGAGACGGAGGCUUUCUGUUUGUCCCCUCAGGGUUUUGGCUUGGCUCCUCGUAAAGAAAUCACUGUCUUCCAGCCAUUCUUCCUCGAGCUCACGCUGCCCUACUCCAUCAUCCGGGGGGAGCAAUUUGAACUGAAGGCUACAAUCUUCAACUACCUUUCCAGUUGCAUCAUGGUCUCUGUGACGCCAGCCAACUCCUUAGAUUACACCCUCACCCCCCUCUCUGGUGAUAAGUACACAUCCUGUUUGUGUGGCAAUGAGCGCAAGACCCUCAGCUGGAACAUGUCCCCUAUAUCUUUAGGGGUUGUGAAUGUGUCGGUGACUGCCGAGGCUGUGGCAUCUCACGCUUCCUGUGACAAUGAGAUUGUGGCCGUUCCUGACAAAGGCCGUGUCGACGUGGUCACUCGAUCGCUCAUAGUAAAGGCUGAGGGAACUGAAAUGACAAAGACCCACAACCUGCUGCUCUGUCCAAAAGGAGGGGCUUUGACAGAGGAAAUAGAGUUACAGCUCCCUCAGGAUGUGAUCGUUGGAUCAGACCGUGCCUCACUAUCGGUUCUGGGCGAUAUCCUGGGUCGAGCCCUGAAAAACCUGGAUGGGCUGCUGAGGAUGCCGUAUGGAUGUGGCGAGCAGAACAUGGCGCUCCUGGCCCCCAACAUCUACAUCCUCCAGUACCUGAAAAACACACAUCAGCUGACGCAGGCCAUCAAGGAGAAGUCUACCAACUUCUUGUCGAACGGUUACCAGAGACAGCUGAACUACAAACAUCAUGAUGGAGCUUACAGCACAUUUGGAACAGGAACAGGGAACACUUGGCUGACUGCUUUCGUGUUGAGAUCUUUUGCCAAAGCAAAAUCUUUCGUCUACAUUGACCCAAGGAUUAUUGAAUCGUCUAAAACUUGGCUGGAGGAAAAACAACUUGAAAAUGGUUGUUUCCAACAGUUAGGAAAACUUUUUAACAACAGGAUGAAGGGUGGUGUAUCUGACGAAGUCACACUCACUGCUUACAUCACUGCUGCUUUCUUGGAGAUGAAUUCAUCCACUGAUGAUGCUGUGGUGAAGAAGAGCCUGUCCUGCCUUAAGGGGUCAGCCGGUAACUUCAGCAACACAUACACCACAGCUCUGAUGGCGUACGUCUUCACCCUGGCAGGAGACAUGGAGACCCGCGAUAACCUCCUGCAGCACCUUGACCAAGUUGGACAAAAAGAAGGGGGUCUUCUCCACUGGUGUCAGACGGCAACAGAAACAUCGGCCUCGCUGUCUGUGGAGAUCAGCUCCUAUGUGAUGCUAGCCAAACUCAGUGCCCUGCCCACUGCUGAAGACCUGGGCUACUCCUCUCGCAUUGUCAGAUGGUUGACGGGUCAGCAGAACUACUAUGGAGGCUUCUCAUCCACACAGGACACAGUGGUGGCUCUUCAGGCUCUGGCUCUUUACUCCACUCUGGUGUUCAGUCCAGAUGGUUCAAGCCAAGUGACGGUCCAGUCCCCCAGUGGUCAGCUGUUGUUUGAUGUGAACAAGGACAACAAACUGCUGUACCAGGAGACGAUGCUGCAGGACAAGAGAGGAAAGUUCCGCGUGAAGGCAGAGGGCGACGCGUGCGCCUCAAUACAGAUUAGUCUUCACUACAACAUCCCAGUUGUGACUGAUGUCAGAACCUUCAGUGUUGAUAUGAAGGCUGAGGCCGACUGUCCAAAGAACAAACUCAGUCUGUUGCUGAAGUGCCUAUAUAAUGGAAAUGAGGAAAAUACAAACAUGGUGAUCCUGGACAUCAAAAUCCUCUCUGGCUUUGUCCUCGAACCUGAUAAUUUGAGGAGGCUCAGAGGCUCCGUGCUGGUGGAUCGUGUUGAAGAGAAGGAGGAUCGUGUUCUGGUGUACAUCUCAGAGUUACCAAAGGGCAUACCCAUCAACUACAGCUUGAAUCUCAUCCAGCAGCUGCCAGUGCAGAACCUGAAGCCAGCGGCGGUCAAGCUCUAUGACUACUACCAGCCAAGUGACCAGGUUGAUACAGAAUACAAGUACCUUUGUCCUGCAGCUUGAAGAGAGAAGAGUUUCCAGUCGUCGGGUUGUCACUGUUGCCAGUUUAUUUUUAAAAAAAGAUCUGCAUUUUAUUAAAGAUACAUUUUGUGCUUCCGGUGAAACUUCA